AUGCUAUAUGGGGUGCGCGUUAUUUCGAGACUACAUAUGCUAUUUUUAGACAAUGAAAAAGAAUCGAAUGAAUCAAAGAGUAAAGAAGAGUUCGAAGUGAAAGAAAAUAAAAUCGAAAUACAAGCUUAUCUAGUAUUCUGA